CGCCUAGGGUGGCCAAAUACCUAGAGCCGGCCCUGUGUAUCUGUGCAUGCGUAUGUGUGUGUGUGUGUGUCCAUGUUUAAAUGACAUGCAGCAAACAACUAUGGUUUGUAUUGAAUCACCAGGGAGUCUCCCUGGGUCUGAGGUUUUCUCCUGAACGCCUUGGAGCCUGAGAUGAUCCUGAACUGGCAUCUCUAGUGACAGGACUGUCUUUCCUUUAGACAAGAGGUUACAAGGAAAGCACUUGUGGCUGAAUCGGAAGAAUGUCCGGUCCAGAGGAUGUGAUGAAGAUGCCCGCCUUGGGCCGCCCUUUCCGCCUGGGGAUGUUAUACAACUGCUACAAGGAUGCUCUCCUCUUGGAACAUUCACUGAUAGACUCAAAGAUGUGUGCCGCUCGUACAGAGCAAAUCAAACAAGCCAUCAGCAUACAGGAGCAAAUUCCUUCGGACACCAUUAGGAAGAGAGCGGCUGCCCUGGGGAUCGGACCUUCCCUGCUGACCAGCCUCCUCUGUGGCUUGUUCGAAGUGGAUGGAUGUGCCAAAUACCUGCUCAGUGCCAAGGCGUUCAGGCACCCGGGCAUCCUCACCUACAGGUCCUUGGCCAUGGAAAGGUUGGAGAAGCUGGAUCUAAAUGAUGUGGAAUCUGAACACCUGUCUUACCCCAAAACAGGAAAAUGUGCAGCCACCCAUGUGGUUACUGGCGUGUGGUAUGGGGACCAGGCCAUCUGGGACUGUGGUCAAGAGGUACCUGCUUCUGAAAAGGUCCAUAAGAACGCAAGAGGAACUGAUGUUCAAAAAGUAGCAUGUCCAGAGCAAGGCAAAACACCUUCCAAAACCAUCAAACCGCUUCUGGGAGAGAGUGAAGAGAAUAAUGCUCCCAUUAAAAUCUCUCUGUAUCCAUUAAGAAACCUGGAGCUCAAAGUGCAAUGUUCAAACUUUAUCCAUGAGAUUAGAGACACCUUGAAUUCUGAGAUUGUGGAAGGGCCUGUUUUGGAAACAGAGGCGCGUGGCAAGUGA